AUGGAUCAGAAUUCUCCGCAGCCUCCACUGCCAGAUACAACGAUCAGGCCGAACGCUAAACAUGUCUCAAGGGCCUGUCUACAGUGCAGAGUCAGGCACAGCAAAUGUGAUGGCAAACUCCCCGUUUGCACGAGAUGUGAGUCCAUGAACAGAGAAUGUACGUAUGUGAAGAGCAACAGGGGAGGGUCCAGGAAAAAAGGAGUCUCCAAAUUAAAGGGAACGGAAAAAAGGGUCUCCAGCACUAGCACCAGCACCACCAGAUCAGUGGAUAUAGAAGACACGGAACUCCCAUGUGCAAAAACACCACAGGCCCAUCUCAGCCAGAAUUGCAGCAAAGAUUGUUUGAAACCUGAAAAUGCUACUAAGACCCCUUCUUGUAUGAGUUGGUACGAUAACAAGCCUCCUGGAGGAAUGGAGUUCCAUCCCAAGUUCAAUGCCUCGAAACAGGCCUUUGACUGGAAACAGGAUCAGUUUUUCAGAAACGCCGAGCGACCCGCGGUGAUGCUACCGAAAUUGACCAAAGAUUUGAAUGUGACAAAAAUUGUUGAGGAUUACUACAAACACUUCCAUAAUGCGCAUCCGUUUCUGCCUCCCAAGAACGAAAUUUUCAGCUAUCUGUCCAGGAUACCGGACAACUACGAUCUGCUGCUGGCGAUGAAGAUCAUGGGAACUGGCCAGGCAACAAACAAGUACUCCAAAGAUAUCGAAACGGUCCAAUUCCUGGUGGAAAACGUGGUGGAAUAUAUCAGAUCGGUCGGAAAGGAUCUGGUAUCUCUACAGGCCAUGCUGCUAUUGUCAAUGGUAACACACAUAUCUUCGCUGCAUGAUUUCUCUGUUGCUAUAAGGCGAGAACUCAUGCGAAUGGCGUUCGAGUUUCAGCUCCAUCGUUUGGACCAAGACAAAAUAGAGGGGGAGUUUGUGGAUGCCAAUGGCUUUCUCACCAAUGGAGCCACUCUGCCCAAAACUGCUGCUGGUUCGGUAGUGGAUAAGCUGGGGUCUGCAAGAAGGCUGGAACGAGUCCCCAAAGACGUUCUACUGGAAACUGCAAGAAGAACCUUGUGGGACGUCUAUUUUUUCGACACUCUUAGUGGAACAGCUACGGGCUUUGACACAUCUCUUUUGGCAUCAGAAACGCUUCUCACGUUUUACCCGUCUUCUCCCCUGCGAGAAGUUUUUGACUACAAAACGCGUGCUGAGAGCUGCAAGCUGGUGAAUGAUGCCAUCAAGCUCAAUGUCACUGUUCUCACGAAGGAAGGCGAUGUUGGUGUCAAUGUCAUUCACAUGCGAGCUGCUGUUGACAGAUGGCAGAUGAAGAUCGACAAUCCCGAGAUGUUCAACGCACCGUCGUUGGUAACCAAAAGCGGCCAAGUCAACGAAGGUGUUCACCAAUCGAUAAUAUUAGGGAGUUAUGCGAAAAUUUUCACGCAUAGACCAUUCUCCUACCUUUGGAGACCCGAUCAGACGAAGAGCGAAAAGUUCUCUUCUCCAGCGAGCAAGGUGGAAGAGUCCACCAAAAUCAUAGAAACAAGGAAGGCAAUCGAUAGUGCAAAUUCAGUUGCAAAGACGCUAAUAGAGACGAAUCUUUCCCGAGUGACGUCCCGUACACCCUUCUUUGCCUGCUCUCUGGCGUUCGCGACUCUGGUUCAUCUGAGUGCCUACUCCUGGGUUGAGUCGAGUCUGAGCUAUGUCAGCCAGAACAAAAAUUCAUCCCUCGCAGGAAACGUUACCAAAGAUGAACUGGACGUGUAUGUUAUGUACAUUACCCUGGAGCUCAAUGGGAUAUAUGCCAUAUCAAGGCAUUGGAACUUGUCAGCAAAACUGAUCUCACAUAUCAAAGAGACUUUGGCCAAGGUUUCUCCUCAGCUAUAUGCAUCUGUCAAGCCAUCUUUUGUGGAAAACAAACAGAUUGCUGUGAAGGUCGAAGACGAGCCCCCAGUCAAGAAUGAUUUGAGUAUGACCCCUCUGCCGCAGGGUGAGAAAUGGUCCUCGAUUUCGGACGACACGUCAACGUUUGCUUCUGAUUCUCCAGCUAUGCCUUUCAGCGAGUCGUCUCCAUCAUCAAGUCUCAAGACUUUCCAAGCACCCUCAUAUGCCAGCAACAGUGGUGGCUUCUCGAUAGAGCAGAUCAUCUCCAAUGACGCACCACCAACCAACUGGCCUGCGCCCGAAAAGCCAAAGCCCGUGAACCUUCUUGAAGAAGCUGACUAUAGCAGCAUGUUUGGUUCCGUUAAUAAGACGUCUCUUUCUCCAUUUGCCGAUACCGGAUGUGAUUGGGUGGACAAGAACAUGGACAUUUUUGAGUUUGACGACUUCAACUUUCUCGAUAUCGAUGAGACCUAG